AAUCCCCUGCUUCUUCAGCCUUCCUACGUUUUUUCCUCCAUAUCAGAUAUUCCCACAUAAAUCCUUACCUUCUCAAUAAAACCCAGAUAAACCCUACGUCAUAGUUCAGACUGGUCCGAAUACUUCUACUGUGAGCCCCGACGUAAAACCGGCGUCGCUCUGCGUGAAACUUCCGCCAAUGUGAUUAAAAUCCGGCGGCUGCUCCGAUUCAACCUAAUCCUUUCCUUCCCUCAAGAGAAGCCGUUUCAAUUUCAGGUCUUCAGGAACCAGAGUCUGGAGAUUAGUAGAAAACUCCUUAUGUCAAAGAUGGAAGUUAAAAUUGCAAAGAAGACCCAGUAGUCUGCACUGCCAGCAGUAGGUAGUGUAUCAUUUCUUCAUUCCCUAUUCCCUAUUUGGUCCUCGCAUCACUUUGCUUCUAUUCUUUAAGGACCAAAGAAAGGAAGCCCCGAAUUGUCUUAACGUGGAUUCGGAAAUCAGCAAUUAACGACUCAAAGUGAAAGGGGGUUGGGUGGUCAAGGAAGAUAUAAUAGAGGUGAAAGCCAGAAAUGUUUCUCCAGUGUCACACUACGGCAUUCUGUGGUCACCGGAACUAUUUUGUGUUUGGCUCAGGAUUCAGAACUCAACCUACAUAUCAUCAAAGGAAAGAAGUGGGGUUUCCUGUGGGAGUCAACAACCGAGGAAUGGCUGAGAUUGGAUAUUCUUCUGGGCAGAAGAGUUGGAUCACUCACUGCCAGGCAUCUGGUGAAAGUCAUGACAGUCCUACUGAGAAAGGUGAUCUACCAGUCCAUGGAUUCUCUGAUAUAGUUGUGGGAGUCCUGGGGGGAGGCCAGCUGGGUCGCAUGCUAUGUCAGGCAGCUUCUCAGAUGGCCAUCAAAGUAGCAAUUUUGGAUCCACACGAGAACUGUCCAGCAAGUGCGCUUUCCUAUGAUCAUAUGGUUGGAAGCUAUGAUGAUAGUGAUACAGUUCAGGAAUUUGCAAAAAGAUGUGGAGUAUUGACUGUGGAAAUUGAACAUGUUGAUGCAAUUACGCUAGAGAAACUUGAGAAACAAGGAGUCGAUUGCCAGCCCAAAGCCUCUACAAUCCGUAUAAUCCAAGACAAAUAUCUCCAGAAAGUUCAUUUUUCUAGGAAUGCAAUCCCAGUUCCUGAUUUUAUGCAGAUCGGUGAUCUUGAAAGUGCAGAGAAGGCAGGGGACUCAUUUGGUUACCCUCUUAUGAUCAAGAGUAAAAGGCUAGCCUAUGAUGGGCGUGGAAAUGCCGUUGCUCACAGCAAAGAGGAGAUUUCUUCUUCUGUUGCUGCUCUUGGAGGAUAUAAUCGAGGCUUAUAUGCUGAGAAGUGGGCCCCAUUUGUAAAGGAGCUGGCUGUUAUUGUGGCAAGGGGAAGAGACAAUUCUAUUUCAUGCUAUCCUGUUGUUGAAACAAUUCACCAGGAUAAUAUCUGUCACAUAGUUAAGGCACCAGCUGAUGUACCGUGGAUGAUCAGAAGCCUGGCUACUGAUCUUGCAAAAAAGGCAAUUACUUCAUUAGAAGGAGUUGGUGUGUUUGCGGUUGAGCUUUUUUUGACAAGGGAUGGACAGAUUUUGCUAAAUGAAGUAGCUCCUAGACCUCAUAAUAGUGGGCAUCACACAAUUGAAUCUUGUUUUACUUCACAAUAUGAGCAGCAUUUGCGCGCUGUCAUUGGUCUUCCACUUGGUGAUCCAUCAAUGAAAACACCAGCUGCCGUUAUGUACAAUAUACUUGGCGAAGAGGAUGGGGAGUGGGGUUUCUAUUUGGCAAACCAGCUGCUUGGUAGGGCACUGAGAACUCCUGGGGCUUCUGUUCAUUGGUAUGAUAAGCUAGAGAUGCGAAAGCAGCGGAAGAUGGGCCAUAUCACAAUUGUGGGCCCAUCUCUGGGCAUAGUGGAACGGUGGUUGAAUUCAAUGCUGAGUGAAGAAAGACUGGAAGGUCAGAAUUUCACUGCUCCACUUGUUGGGAUUAUAAUGGGUUCUGAUUCUGAUCUUCCAGUCAUGAGGGAAGCUGCAAAUAUUUUGGAUUCUUUUGGUGUGCCAAUUGAGGUGAGGAUAGUUUCAGCGCACCGAACACCUGAAAUGAUGUACUCUUAUGCUUUGUCUGCUCGGGAACGAGGACUUCAGGUUAUUAUUGCUGGUGCUGGUGGUGCCGCCCACUUGCCUGGUAUGGUGGCUGCAUUGACUCCAUUGCCUGUUAUUGGUGUCCCUGUACGUGCGUCUUCACUUGAUGGGCUUGAUUCCCUCUUAUCAAUUGUUCAGAUGCCAAGAGGUGUUCCUGUUGCAACGGUUGCAAUAAACAAUGCGAGAAAUGCUGCUUUGUUAGCAGCUAGGAUUUUAGCAGUUGGGGAUGCUGAUUUGCAGGCUAGAAUAAUCCAAUAUCAACAAGACAUGAAGGAUGAUGUCUUGACGAAGGCCGACAAGCUGGAGCAAGAUGGGUGGGAAGGAUAUUCAAAUCCUUGAUCUCUCUGACAUACUGUCUUUGUAACAUUCAAAUGGCUUGAGUAGUUUUAAUAUAAAUGAAGGAAUAAACAUCAAAUUUUGGUUUUUUCCUUUGCCUGCAA